UCUAAAUGAAAACAUCUUAUAUUUAUUACAUCUCGUUCAUCAUAACCUAGUUACCUAGUAGUGAUAGCUCUACAUGAAAUUAGAACUCGUUUAACUUUUUUCAAUUUUCCAUUUUAUGUUCCCGAUCAUAUCAUUAAGAUUAUUAAGCAUGAAUCAAUAUGCUAAUGGCACACCUGCUACAACAUUUUGCUCAUUUUAUAGCCUAAAUUGCUUCGCUCCGGGAACCAUUUUUACAACCCUAUCAGUUACCUUUACUUAUCGAUUUUUUCAUCACUAUUUGCCUUUCACAUUCUCUUCUGCGAGAGUGUUCUACUAGCGUUAUGAAAUAGUUGCACAUUAUUCCACUUGCGUCACUGAUAUCCAUAUCGAUGCACUUCAUAGUUUAUAGUUUUACAGUAAGUGGAUGGAUGAUUUUUUAUCGAUUUUACAACCUUUGCGUUUGUCCUUUGCCACGUGAAGCGGAUCCACUCAGGUAUCGCCCACACUUGUCUACCUCAACACCAUGUUGUAUAGUCAGAUUGGCAAGUGGAAUUGUGUAGGAGUAGACGAAGGAAGGCAACUGACGCCAACACGCCAACAUCUGGCACACUCUGGUAAGCUGCUGCCUGUGAGAUAGAUUUAAUGGGACACGUUUUCCAUGUCGCUUACUACUACUACUAAAGCGUGACAAGCCUGGGCCUGGAAAAUGGGUUAAUUUGUCGCCGGGAUUAAGGAUAUGGUGCUCGUGGCACUAAUGAACACUCACACACGCUGUCAGUUUGACGUAGGACGCUGGGACGGUGGAUCGUAAAAUGGGUAAUCCGUUUACAUGCGGUCAUUGCGUUUGGUCUCCGUUAUCGUCCGCACCAGCAAAUGGCAUUUUCGAGUGUAUUGUUUUUGCCCAUUGGAGCUUUGUUUUUUAUUGGAUACUUUUUAAAGAUCCGUGUGGGAACGGUUGUAUAUUUAUUAUCUGGAAAACUUUACCUAAAGGUUGAUGGUGAAAGUAAAAAAGCUUAAACUGUUUUUAAACGAUUUCAUAACCAAAGGAAAUAGAGUAACAGUUGCUUGUCUGAAUCAGAAGUACUUUCGACGUUUCUUCCAUUUCAUUUACCGACAUGUGCAAAAAGUUAUCCAAUGGAACGAGAAACACUUUUCCCAUUUGUCUGACGUCAUCGGACGACACUUGGCUAGGAUCAGCUACACCUAAUUGGACACGACAUCCGCAAAGGAUUUCCGGCCAUUUGGGUUGUGGUUCUCCAAAACAGCUAACCUCAGAAAUGGUACAUUUGCGUACAAACCAGCUGUCCCACUAGGCUCACUUGUAACAAAAAAAAGACACUUUCCCAUAGUUUAUGGCACCAACCAACGGGGGGCAAGGUACCAUUUUGCAUAAAUUUCGUACCCUUUGGGGAACAACAUUAAAUAAAGAAGAACAAAACAAGGUAAAACUAUUUAUUAUUUAUACCACGUUGCAACCACCACGCAAAGCGCAUUGUGUAACAUUGUCAGAAAGGUGUGUGACACCACGGGCACCACGGGGCAAUCGAUCCUGUUGACACGUUGGCGGGUGGAAUUUCGGAUGGAUUUCGAUGCUUGUGCAAGCGUUUUACAAUCGUACCCCCCGUAGAAGCCAUUCUACAAUCCCACGCAAAUUCCCCCACAAUCCACUGGCGAGCAGGGUGAGUGGGUUGAGGGUGGUUAAAGUACAUAAAAUAUUCAUUUUUCCCCUCCUGCGUUAAAGCGUAUCCUGCGUAUCCUUGCGCAGUAGCACCAGCAGUAGCUUUCCUGCGGUGUAGCUCCGCCCCAACCAUGAUGGCGGCCACAGAGCCCCAUCUUCCCAGAGGGAACAGCAUUCCAAAAGGGGAGGGGAAGGAUAGGGAAUCUCAGGAUGCCCCAGAACGAUGACGUAAUGAAACCGAAGCUGUAGUUGGAUUCUGUGUGGGUGGCACUGGCACAGGCGAAAUUCUCGUUCUCUGCUCGACGGUGGAUCCGUGCCAGCACAGCCAUCACAGCUUGCGAGAACGUCGGACAGUACGGUUUUGUUUGGUGCGGAGAUCUGAGCUCCUGUGGAUCCGUCCUUUGUGGAUACUGUGUCCCAUUGGUUUGGUGUGUGCCCCAUCUGGUUGUGUAACAACUUUAGAGCACGCGAAUCUGGUUGCGAAUCUUAUUCGGUGCCAACGGUCCACGUGAGCUUCAGGCAAAACCUGUACAGUUUUCCCGUGUAUCGAACCCUGUUUUCCCUGUCGUCAGAAGGUUGUGAUAGUGGGUGUGUCGGUGUGUUUGUGCGUUGAACAAUUGUUACAUAAUCGUUGAGAUAACCCAUUUAAACGCCAACAGUAAAUUCGAGAGAAUACACAAAAACCACAGUUCAUCACGCAAAACACUUUCCAGUAAAGUAGCAACACAUCCCAAAAGACCCAGAAAACAACAGACAGGAAAAUGACGUCGAUAAACGUGGAAAAGUACAAACUGUCCGACAAAACGGCAAAGCUCACAGCCAAAGAUAUCAUCCCGGUGGUGCAGUCGUCCGAUUCGGCGGAAACGCGCGAGUUCCUGAACAAAAUCGCCGAGCUGCUGGUCGACUACGUCAACAUACAGAACGACCGGAAGGAGAAGAUCCUUGACUUCCACCAUCCGGAGGACAUGAAGAAGCUGCUUACGCUGGACAUCCCCGAGGACGCAGUCACACUGCAACAGCUGGUGAAGGACUGUGCCAUGACACUCAAGUACCAGGUCAAGACAGGACAUCCCCAUUUCUUCAAUCAGCUGUCGUGCGGUCUGGACGUGGUGUCGAUGGCGGGCGAGUGGCUGACGGCAACUGCCAACACCAACAUGUUCACGUACGAAAUUGCCCCAGUGUUCAUCCUGAUGGAGAACGUCGUGCUGUCGAAGAUGCGCAAGAUCAUUGGCUGGGACGGUGGUGAUUCGAUCCUGGCGCCCGGUGGCUCCAUCUCGAACCUGUACGCGUUUCUGGCCGCCCGGCACAAGAUGUUCCCGAACUACAAGGAGCAUGGGGCACGUGCCCUGCCCGGUGAGUUGGUCAUGUUCACGUCGGACCAAUGCCAUUACUCGGUCAAGUCAUGUGCGGCCGUGUGUGGGCUCGGCACGGACAACUGCGUGAUGGUACCGUCGGACGAGCACGGCCGGCUGAUUCCGGCCGAGCUGGAGCGGCUGAUUUUGGAGCGCAAGGCACGGGGCCAGAUUCCGUUCUUCGUGAAUGCGACUGCCGGUACUACCGUGCUCGGUGCGUUCGAUCCAAUUAACGCGGUGGCCGACAUUUGCGAGAAGUACAACUGCUGGUUCCACGUUGAUGCCGCUUGGGGUGGUGGUUUGCUGCUAUCGAAAAAGUACCGCCAUCCACGCUUUACCGGCAUCGAAAGAUGCGACUCGAUCACAUGGAACCCGCACAAGCUGAUGGGUGCGCUGCUGCAGUGUUCAACGAUUCACUUCAAGGAGGAUGGUCUCCUGAUUAGCUGCAACCAGAUGUCCGCCGAGUACCUGUUCAUGACGGACAAGCUGUACGACAUCAGCUACGACACCGGCGACAAGGUGAUCCAGUGCGGCCGGCACAACGACAUCUUCAAGCUGUGGCUGCAGUGGCGCUCCAAGGGUACGGAAGGGUUCGGCAAGCACAUGGACCACCUGAUGGAGCUGGCCGAGUACGAGGUGAAGCGCAUCAAGCAGCAGUCGGACAAGUUCUACCUGAUCAUGGAGCCGGAGUGCGUGAACGUUUCCUUCUGGUACAUCCCGAAGCGCCUGCGCGGUGUACCGCACGACGCGAAGAAGGAGCAGGAGCUGGCCAAGAUCUGCCCGAUCAUCAAGUCGCGCAUGAUGAUGUCCGGCACGCUGAUGGUCGGCUACCAGCCGGACGACCGUCGUCCGAACUUUUUCCGCUCAAUCAUUUCCUCGAUUGCCGUCACGGAGGCGGACGUUGAUUUCAUGCUGAACGAGAUCGACCGUCUCGGGCAGGAUCUGUAAGCUGCCGGCGAGGUCGGCGAUGGGUGUUGUAUGUGUGGAAGUACGUGCCAAAAAAGCAUUUAAAAGUGCACAGACACACACAUUUUAAAACUAAUCGAAUCCAACCAAUGAGUAUCAGUUGUGAAGACAUAUCAAUAUCUUCAACCAAGUUCUAGUGUUGUGUGGCCACAUCUCCAGACGCCACACGCAAAGGACAAACUGGCGAGCCAAAACAUAAGCACACACAAACAAAACUGGCUUUAUUUAUCAUAACGAAAUCUGUGAGUGUGGUUUUUAAACCGCAAAAACCGUUAUUUAAGAUGUAAUGCUAGUUUAGAUGAACCACCCCCCUCCCCCCUCUGCGUAGGGAAGAGAUUUAUUUCUGUUAGCUGCAUAUUAUGUCAAAGACAUAUCACUUUGUUCAGAACCCUUGUUAAACGGAUGCAUUUAAAUCUUCCAAAAAAAAAAAAGAAACGGUUAGUCGGUUCCGUUACCUACUUACCUCUAAUAUGGGUUUGUUUUUAGUGAAAUUUUAUUAAGAUUUCCCAUUUGAAAAAGCCACUCAAACUAUUUACCAGAAUCUUGACUGUUGAAACUCCUCCCCCUGCCUGUGGGAAGCCCAAGAGACGUGGGGAGAUAAAAAAGAAAUAUAUAUACACAAAAAAACUACAAAAAAGCAAAGCAAAAACAUGACGAUACAAACGCUAGAGAGAUAUAUAUACAUAUGUACACAACCCUCCCCACUCUAUAUAUAUGUAUACUUAUACACGGAAUUUACGACAACCUUCAAUCACAACAUCACAGAACUCAGCCACGUGUUUUGGCGUUUUGGAACGCGUGGGGAAAUGCAGCCAGUCUUUGCGCGGACGCAGUUCCACCAAAUCGGUUGCAUCGAUAGCGUUCCAUUAAUUUGGUUUUUCUCAAAUUGCCUCAUCAAACCCCAAACACCCAAAGUUACUUGUUGACUACUACCACAAUGUCUCACGCAAAUUUGUCUCGCGGUGUUGCUCGACGUACUCGAGAUAGUUGAAUGUGCGCGAUGUAGAUGCAAAAGAACGAACAGAACCAUAAAGCUAUCACCACUACCACGUUGCAUUUUCGACCGUCUAUAACCGUAAAAACGAAACCGAAGGCAUUUACGAAACCACACUACAAUAGUCCAAAGUCAAGCAAAGUUAGUGACAAAUUACGUUAUUUACAAUUGAGUAAGCAUAUCUCACUUAUCAUGCCCUUUUUUUUGGGGUUGCCCCUUAAGGUGAACCUUUUACACCGGACAUUGUGUUGCAGCAAAAAAAAGAAGCGAUUGUUGUACGACCGGGUAUAAAGAUAUAUGUAAAUAUUAGGCUUUUAGGUAUGUUGAACGCUUCAUGUCUCCUACCGUGUGGGCAGGAAAGCAAAGGAGGGAGAUAAAAACCAUUGGUUAGGUAUGUGGCAAGAUAAAAACGACAAGCGAAUGAAAGAGAAAAAACGGAAAAGAAAACAAACCCUGUGACUGAGAAUGUUAUCGCUACGCGAAUAUAUAUAUACUGUUGAGAGCUGUGCUGUGCUGUGUGUGUGUAUCCUGUAGUAGCGCGAUCGUCGUCCAGCUCCUUCAUCGCCCAUUGUGAUAAGAAAGAUGUAGACUAAUCUUGCAAAUGCGAUGGGCGAUCAAAGAGUUAGUCCACACGAGGCGCGCGUGUGUGUGAAUGUGUAGCAAAAAAGUGUUAUAAAUUGUAUGGUGACCGGAAGUUUCGCGGUAAGGGACUGAAACGCAUUCGUUUAAGUUGCUCGUAUUAGCCGUCUUCUGUUACUGUUCCGUGUUUUAGUAAUUCCGUUACAGCAGUCUGUUGUUACGUUCGUAGUUUUGAUGCCACAAACCACAAAUCACAGCGUGUAGAGCUAACGAGAAUAGCAGGAGAAUGUGUGGUGAGUUGUAAGUUAGUUAUGCUGUAAUGAGUAGAGAUCCCGCGACGACACCGGUCGACAAAGUCGACAUAGCAACCGGCGCACCGGAACGCAGGGUUGAAGGGGUAUCCGCUGUUUUAGUAGCGAAUUUUACUUUUAAGUGAAGUGAGUGUAGGACGAAUGUAACAAACACACACACACACAAACGAAACGACAAAAUCACAAAGUCUUCCUUCAAAUGAAAUGUUAAUUAAUAGAACGAUUCGCGCUCACUCUCAGAUACACGCUCGUUUGCCGACGAUGGGAUAUGAUCGGUGUGGGAUGAACCUCUAAACUUAAGAGAGAAGGAAGAAGAGAGAAGGAAGAAGAGAUAACGAGAGAGAGAUAAAGAGAGAGAGAGAGUAAUAGAGAUGGUAAAAGAGAUCUCCCUACCCAUUCCAUCGUCACCUUCUGUAUAUUUCAUCUCGAAAGUGAUGUGAAUCGUUUAUGUAAUUGUAAUGUGAACGCAAAAUUAGCCAAAAUGCGCUCCCCCCAAAAACACAGACAAAAAAACUAUAUAUAUGUAUACACGAUGCAUUAACACAUGGGGGAGAGAGCAUGUUUAAAACCGCCGUAGUCGAAACAGCAGUUAAAAACAAUUACACACGUACAUGUACAAUAUAGGUUUGGCUUCAGUUGCUUCACCACUGCAUCUGCAUCCGAGUGAGAUGCAUCUAAUAUUCUGCGCAAAAAAGAAGAAGAAGAAGAAGAAAAAAGCAGCACCACUACGUACGUUUGCCUAACGUUAUCUUCUUCCAUUUAUCCCUUCCCACUGUCCCGCCCCACUUUUUGCUUGUCGAGCCAAAAAUUCCAAUGCAAUAGGCGAUGCGAUUGUGCAAUGUGUUAAGGUAACAAGAAAAGAAGAAGAAAAACAAAUCGAUAACAAAAAACCAUACAACUAAACAGCGAAAAUCAAUUAUAAUCCCGACAAAGCAAACGCACAGCAGAACAGGACAACCCGUGUGGCGUUGAAAGUAACAAACGAAACUACAUAAAUACAUACACACAAGCAGAAUAUGCAAAACAUGCAAAAAAAAAAAACACAUUAAACGAAUCUCUCCUUUAUCCCCAUAGAUGUUAUGUGUUGUUGGAACUAAAAUAAAGAAUUGAACAAAACGAAAAGAAAACAAACAAAAAACGAACAUAAAACUUGCCCCCAACAAGAGACGGUAUAACAAUAGCAACAUCAACAAGAGCAUGAAAAAAAACAAACACACACACACAAACAAAACACCUGGAUAAGAAUGCAUUAAUAAAGGCGUAUAAUAUCUAUUGGAAA